UAAAUAAACUACAUAGUUCAUAUGAAAUUGAAAACCUAUACAUCCACAGGCCAAAAUCGAAGCCGCCCCGUUCGGCCCCCGUCGAAGCGGUGAACUCCGAAAGCUCAUCGAAGCUAAAACCUCCGACCAUAGACCAUUCGAACAAGGCAGGCAAAUAAAGAGUCGUCUUUUAAGAUGAUAGAAGAGUUCAGAUAAAUAAUGAGAAAUCGGUGGUUUAGUCUUACAUGUGCAACAAGAUAGCAUUAUUGUAGGAAGAUUCAUGACUGCCUCCUAUCGAUUCAACGGGUUUCUGAAUUUCGAGGAUUUAAUCAAGUUUCUCAUUAAAGUGAUACCAGUUUUGGAUGCUCAAAUGGGAGACCAAAAACAACCUAAUGAGAGGUCGGAAAUAUGGAAUCAUUUCACUAGGAUACUUGAUCGAGAAAGAGCAAAAUGUAAUUAUUGUUGGAGAACUUUUAAGGCUGAUACUAAUAAUGAAACUUCUAGCAUGUGGAAACAUUUAAAAAUUUGUUAUGCAUAUAAGAGCACCAGGGUUGAUGACAACCAACAACACUCACUCGAGAAAAUAAUGAUGGGGGUAUUAUGGCUAUGGUGUUUAAUAAUGAAAAAUGUAGAAAAAAAUUGGUUAAGAUGAUUAUUAUUGAUGAAUUGACUUUUUUUUUUUUUUGUGGAAGAUGUGGGUUUUAAGGAAUUUGUUCAUCAACUUUGUCCUAGAUUUGAGGUUCCUUGUCGAAGAAUGAUUGCUAAAGAUGUGCUACAUCUCUACCAUGAGACAAAUGAAUUAUUGAGGAUUAAAUUUAUUAAUGAUAGGCAAAGGAUCUCGCUAACCACUAAAUGUUGGACAUCAAUUCUAUGGUAGUCAUAGCACAUCUUAUUGAUAGAAGUUGAAAACUGCAUAAGAGGAUAUUGACUUUUUUAGUUGUUCCAAGUCACAAAGGGGAGACAAUUAGGAAGCUUAUUGAAAAUUGUUUGCUUAAUUGGGGAAUAGAGCGUGUGGAUACCAUUACUGUAGACAAUGCAAGCAAAAUUGAUACAGUGAUCAUUUAAAAAACAAGUUGAAGAAUUGGAAACUUGAUGAUACUAUGAUUUUAGGUAGCUCUUAUUUA